UCAUGCACCAACUGCAGACACAGAACACCGCGUGUGCACUAAAAAUGGGGCCAUAACGAAACGACGACGAUAUGGCGGGGGUCAAUAUGCGAUUAUUGCGGACGUUGAUAGUUUAUUAUACCUCAGUGGUUGAUAAAUUUGAUUGGACAGAUCCGCCGCUGCAUGUAUGUCCCAACAUGACUGCAUGAGUGCUCCAUUGAGGUAAAAUAGCCUGUAUCUUGUUGUUAAAUUGUAGCCUAUCCUGAUGAAAUUGUGUUAAAUGAAAAUCAUAGAUGUCAUAAAUUGUUUCAUGUUUAUUUGCCCACGCUCGGCUCAAGUCUAAGCAGCCAGUGGCCUCAUUAAUUCAAUCGGUCAUGGACGUUAUUCUCCAUUGCCAUACGCUAGCAUGGAAUCAUAAGCACUAUAACGCACACAGUUAAGAAAGGCUCUGUACCGGACUGAACUGAUGUGUGAAUCUAACGGUUCUUCCAAGUUAUGAGAACCACCCGGAAGCCCCGAUCUUCUCCAGGCACCAAGCUGCUACUGGGACGCUGCUACCGGCUCCGGAUGUCCCGAGUUCGGGUGCUUCUCGUAUGCCUAUGUGGGAUGCUGGCUAUAGCUCUGACACUUGGAUUUUCUUUCUCGAGUAAUGAUACAAGCGAUGAGGAUGACAGUAUUCAUAUGGACGAUAACACACAAUUUCGUGUGCCAGACCUAAUAAGGGACAAGUUGACCCAUAACCCCCGUCGGGCCACUGUGGCCCAGAUCAAGCGUCUGGUGGGCCAGGUGAAUUCAGGUAGACUGUGGUACUCUCUCCUGAGGCCCAUCCUGGUAGAGAGACUGCCCGGUACCAGGGGCAGCCGUAGGGUGCGUGAGCAUAUCUACAGCCAUCUAGAGUUCCUGUCAGCGGGUUGGUCGUUGGAUGUCGACUCCUUCAACUCUGCUACCCCAAAGGGAAUAAUCACCUUCUCCAACCUGCUGGCUGUCCUGGACCCCUCGGCCCCGCGCCGUCUGCUACUGGCCUGCCACUACGACUCCAAGGCUAUGCUCCCAGCUUCCAAAACCCCCGACGGGCCUCUCAGGAGGUUCCUAGGGGCCAGCGACGCGGCCGUCCCCUGUGCCAUGAUACUGGAGCUGGUGACUGCUCUGGACGUCCACCUGAAAGUACUAAAACAACAGAAGUCACAGGUGACUUUGCAGUUGGUCUUCUUUGAUGGUAAUGAGGCGUUUGAUCAGCCGAGCCCCUCCGACUCUCUGUAUGGCUCACGUUACCUUGCUGAACAAAUGUCCCGUACACCUCACCCUCCAGGAGCUGAACAUACCACCCUGUUACAUGCUUUGGACCUGUUUGUUCUUUUGGAUCUUAUUGGUGCCCCUGACCCUAUGUUUGUCAACCACUUUGACGACACUGUACGCUGGUUUGAUGAGCUGAUAUAUGCAGAGAGGAGGCUCCAUAAGCUGGGUCUGCUGUCCUCCCACCCCAGAGAGGUGAGCUACUUCAGGAAGGACAUAAACCUGGGCCCUGUGGAGGACGACCAUGUGCCAUUCCUCCAGCAGGGGGUUCCAGUCCUACACAUGAUCACAACACCCUUCCCCUCCUUUAUGCACACUCUGGAGGACACAGCGGAACACAUCCAUUCUCAGACUAUCGAGAACCUCACCAAGGUGCUAGUGGUGUUCCUUGCUGAAUACAUAGGACUCUGACUGACGUUUCCUCCCUUUACUGUUGCUCAUAGACAUGUAUCCUUUAGACUUUAUGCCACAAUCACCCAGCUGAAUUUUAUAAUACCAGCCACUCUCCCACAUAAUCAAUUUACAAUCAUCAAAGUCCUAUCAUACCAUGCCUUUUCUCUACAUCACCUAUAUCUCUCGUUCUAGAAUCUAUACCCUAGUAGUCUUGUUGUUUUUUUAUCCAUUCUGGAGCCAUACUAGAAAACGGUUGAAAUUAGGAUUGCGAUUAUAGAGGCCUUUUAUAUACCCUGUCCCUCUCAUUCCCAUAAUCCAUGUGGAACUCAGACUUAUGCAAAAACAGAAUGAUGAACUUGAUUAGGUGCCUUUUCUCAAUACGUUCAGUAAAUGAGGUUGUGAACACUAGAGUAUAUAGUGUUUCCCAAUAAGGGAAGUUCAAGCAAGAUCAUGUGGAUAGAAAAAGAUUAAAAUGCUAAAUACAGAGGUGAUAUACAGACAUUACUGGACAUAUUUGUUCCCCAAAAAUCACUUAUAUGUUUAGGACAGACAGUCCAGUAAUAAUAUAGCAAUAAAUAUGUGCUUUGGGAAGUGCUAGAUUAUAUGGGAUAUAAUUGUGUAUUAACAGUGCCUUCAGAAAGUAUUCACACCCCUUGACUUUAUUCACAUUUUGUUGUGUUACAGCCUGAAUUUAAAAUGGAUUAAAUUUAGAUUUUUUUUGUUGCCACGAGCCUACCUACAAUACCCCAUAAUGUCAAAGUGGAAUUAGAUUUUUUGAAAAUGUUGCAAAUGAAAAGCUGAAAUAUCUUGAGUCAAUAACUAUUCAACCCUUUUAUUAUGGCAAGCAUAAAUACGUCGCAUGGACACACUCUGUGUGCAAUAAUAGUGUUUUACAUGAUUGUUGAAUGACUACCUCAUCUCUGUGUCCCACACAUACAAUUAUCUGUAAGGUCCCUCAGUCAAGCAGUGAAUUUCAAACACAGAUUCAACCACAAAGACAGGAGGUUUUCCAAUGCCUCACAAUGAAGGGCACCUAUUGAUAGAAUGGAAAAAAUACCAUUUUAAAAAUACAUUGAAUAUCCCUUUGAGCAUGGUGAAGUUGUUAAUUACACUUUGGGUGGUGUAUCAAUACACCCAGUCACUAGAAAGAUAUGAACUUCCUUCUUAACUCAGUUGCCAGAGAGGAAGGAAACCGCUCAGGGAUUUCAACAUAAGACCAAUGGUGACUUUAAAACAGUUACAGAGUUUUUUUUGGGCUGUGAUAGGAUAAAACUGAGGAUGGAUGUAUCAACAACGCUGCAGUUACUCCACAAUACUAACCUAAUUGACAGAGUGAAAAGAAGGAAGCCUGUACAGGAUAAAAAUAUUCCAAAACAUGCAUCCUGAUUGCAACGAGGCACUAAAGUAAUAAUGCAAUGAAAUGUGGCAAAGCAAUUAACUCCUUGUCCUGAAUACAAAGUGUUAUGUUUGGGGUAAAUCCAAUACAACACAUUACUGAGUACCACUCUCCAUAUUUUCAAGCAUAGUGGUGGCUGCAUCAUGUUAUGGGUAUGCAUGUAAUUGUUAAGGACAGGGGAGUUUUUCAGGAUAAAAAGAAACAAUGUAGCUAAGCACAGGCAAAAUCCUAGAUGAAAACCUGGUUCAGUCUGCUUCACACCAGACACUGGGAGAUUAAUUCACCUUUCAGCAGGACAAUAACCUAAAACACAAGGCCAAAUCUACACAGGAGUUGCUUACCAAGAUGACAGUGAAUGUUCCUGAGUGGCCGAGUUACAGUCUUGACUUAAAUUUACUUGGAAAUCUAUGGCAAGACUUGAAAAUGGCUGUCUAGCCAUGAUCAACAACCAACUAGACAGAGCUUGAAUAUUUUUUUAAAGAAUGUGAAAAUACAUAAUACAUAUAUA